GAUGAAUCUCUAGGUGUAUGGCGCUCGGUCUGAUUUUUAUAAGAAGUGUUUCAACAAAAUGGGUGCUGCUUCUUAGGCCUGUUUAAGUCGCUUCAGCUGGAUGGGGUUGAUAAAAGUGGCCGCUCGGAGUGGUGGCGUAACGGCCUCGGUAUUUAUUAAGCCCUCCAUUGUGGGCCGCUCAGUUUAUAGGAGGAGGCGUCCCAGCUCUGCAUGUGGCUGAUUUCUUUAAGGCAUCCAGACUCUUAAACCGCAAUUGCCUGUCAUUUGGGAGCUGUCAUUGUAAAGAUUCCAUAAACUUGCCAGGUCACUUUUCUGUUACUGGUCUUCUCAGGGAUUUGAUAGCUGAAUAAAGGCCUGGUACCAUCAUGCCAGACCGAGAUAAUACCUAUCUAAACAACAGCAGCAGUAAUGAUGAAACUGGCACUAGCACCACAGAUGACAUAUGUAGAGAUUUCCUACGCAAUGUUUGCAAGCGUGGAAAACGGUGUCGUUUCAGACAUCCAGACUUCAAUGAGGUGCCAGAUAUAGGUGUGCAGAAAAAUGAGUUCAUCUUUUGCCAUGACUAUCAAAACAAAGAGUGUGUCCGUGCCAACUGCAGGUUUGUCCAUGGUACAAAAGAAGAUGAGGAUUACUACAAAAAGACAGGGGAGCUGCCCCUGAGACUCCGCGGUAAGGUGGCUGCUGGUCUAGGACUUUCACCUGCAGACUUGCCCCUCAGUCGAGGGGAGGUGCCUAUUUGUCGAGACUUUUUGAAAGGAGAGUGCCAACGUGGGAAUAAAUGCAAGUUCCGGCAUUUAAAAAAGGAUUUUGACUAUGAUGUAAUGCGAAGUGCUGUUCCUGGUUUAGGUGUGGUGGGGAAUGUUGCAUUAACAGACCGCACCCCUCGAGACCAGCCUGGUGUUCCUGGCGUUUCUGGAGUUGUUGGUGUUCGACGUUUUGAUCGGGGCAUUCCUUAUGAACCUAUGAUGGAGGGUGUGUAUGAAGCAGGAUAUGAAGAUUUUGACUCAGGGUUACAAAUGAAGAGGCGUCGCAUGGAUGGUAUGCGUUUUGGAGAGGGCUUUGAUUAUGGGAUUCAGGCGUCCCCACGUCCUGUAGACUAUCGAAUGUUAGAAGAGGAGAAUGCUCUGCUGCGGAAGAGGGUGGAAGACCUUAAGAAACAGGUCUCCAAUCUGAUUGCCACCAAUGAGGUCCUGCUUGAGCAGAAUGCACAGUUCCGAAGCCAGGCCAAAGUUAUGACUCUUUCUUCCACACCUGCCCCUUCAGAGCAGACGCUACCCACUGCCGUAGGUACAGUAAACACAUACAACCACAGCAUCGCACAGACGCAUACCACACUUAGCAGCCAAGCCCUCCAGCCCAGACCAGUAAGCCAGCAGGAUCUAGUGGCUCCAGCAGGGGGCCAGGCGGCUCCUCCCACUAAUGCUGCCCCACCCAGUGCCCCACCCCCACACUUAAAUCCAGAGAUUACUCCACUAUCGGCUGCCUUGGCUCAAACCAUUGCACAAGGCAUGGCACCACCUGUGUCAAUGGCUCCAGUUGCUGUUUCUGUGGCUCCUGUGGCAGUGUCUAUGGCCCAGCCUCUCCCAGGGAUUACCAUGAGCCAUGCGACCACUCCAAUGGUCUCGUACCCAAUUGCCUCCCAGAGCAUGCGAAUUACCCCAAUGCCUCACUGACCUUUUAUUCUCAGAUUAUGAGCUGUAGCCAUAAUAAGCAAGACUCGGGGGUGGGGAUAGGUUUACCUAGGAAUAUUUUACAGUUUAGUUUGUGGCUCAAGAAAAACAAAAGCAGAAUUCCAGGGUUUACAAAUAGCAGGAGGCAGCAAGAUCUAUAAAGGGCGCAAAGAUGCACUGACUAAGCACACCACAUUUUGUGGCAGUCAUGUCCCCACAGUGAAAUAAGCAGCAGGACUGAACACUUAAAGGCAUUGGCUGUACUUCAGUAAGCCACAAAUGAUGGUGUCCAACUUUGUGGCUGUAAUAGAGCUCAGUGUAAGAGGUGGAGGCAUCAGACCAAAGGUCAUCUACCAUCAGGAUGUAGGGCCUCAGUGACAGACUCGGUAAACCUGGAGGGCAAAGCCAGUUAGGAAUAGUGAGGAGCUGCCGGCUGAGUCAUAUCUAAAUUAUAUCCCAAGAAGUUCUGACCUCGACAAAACCUGGAGUGAAGAGAGGUUAACAUCGUGGUUAAAUGGUCAUGUUUUAACUCGAGAUAAAGCACUCAGGAGUUUUGCAGAUGCCUCGGAUUGGAGCCUUUAACUAAGAGGGAUUGCCUGCUGGCAGAGUAGCAUGCAGGCCGGCCCUUCAGCUCUUGCCCUAUUAACAUUUCCUACUUGUGCUCCAUGCUCUUGUACUGCAAGCUGCUUCCAUUCAUCAGGAUUUCUCCCCCUCAGAACUUUCUUGCUGUUCAUCACCGAUAUUCUGUUGGCAAUGAGAUGAUCGCACUGCUACCUGUGCUGCAGGAUUUUGUUUUAAACCUUCCAACCAACAGGAUUACGGUGGUGGGACUGAUUACAGUUAAAAUAUACUGAUCUUGGAAUUUUGUAAUUUAUUUUUGUUAGAUAUUUUUAGUGAGUCAGACUCUUGAACUAAGCACACAUUGCAAGCAUCGAGGAAACUGCCUGAAAAGACUGAAGUGACGAGAGGGUCAAGAUGGGGGUAGACGGUGGGUGCAGUGAUGUGUGGUUCCUGUCUUUCUCUUUGUAAAUAGUAAAACGCUUUUUAUUCUG